AUGUUUACUGCGGUUGUGGUACCUGAUGAUUCUGAGUCUGAAUCAAGUCAAACACCACACCUUAUAAAAAAAAGUAAAAUACAAUAUGCUGGAGAUGCGUCAAUUGAAACAUUUUUCCUAAUAGGAUUAUUAGCACAAUAUGCAACUAUUACAUUUUCAAUAUUACACCCAAAAGAAGUGGAUGCUGCAAUUCCUUAUAUAUCAACAAUUGAAAUUGAAGGAGAUGUUGUUGAUUUUAAGGAAUAUUUAAAAUCUAAAUUUCCAAAAGAACCAACGUCAUACCAAAUAAUCAAUACUAGUAAUAACUAUAUUAUAGAUGUAAUUGGAUUGUUUGGAUAUUCUUUUCAAACAAAAACCAUAGAUAUAUAUGAAAUGAUUGAAUCAGUUGAGAAAAAUAAUGAACCAUUUUUAUAUUCUGAUGAAAUUAUUUCUAUUGGUACACAAAUUCACAAUAUGUUUUUUGAUAAUAAAGAAGAAGUGGUUUUAUGUUCAACAACAACAUUAGUUCAAGAGAUGUUUUAA